AUGCUGGGCACCCUGCUCGAGGGCACGCUCAAGUAUGAAGAGGCGCGACUCCCAAGAGUCGACAUGGACGAUCGAUCGGGCCCUGGAAGGCGCAUACCAUCUGGGGUACGAGUUAGCGGACGCGCCAACCAAGAGGCAUCAAUACAAACCUCCAUUGCGCGCUGCCUGCAGCAUCAACAGAAUCUGGUGGUCAUCGAGAUGUUUCAGGGCAUUGAUGUGAUCAAUGACCUGCGGAUUAAAGGUGCUUUGGCCAGAGUGUCGUGGUGA